AUGUACGAGAAAGUCGUCCUGCGGAAGAUCCGUCCCCCUGACUUGGCCAAGUUGGCCCCUCUCAUCCAGGCACAGUCCCGGCGGCGGGGGCGGCGCCAGCUCCGGCCACGGCCCCUCCUCGAGCCCCGACUCAGCCCCGCGGCCUGCGGUCCUCGGCGCACGGCUCGGUGUGACGGUCCCAACAGCAUCCUCGGGGACAUGGGGUCGCUGUGCCUGGGUCCCCCGCGCACCGGAGGAGGAGCUGCCGGGACCCCCGCCCGGGCAGAGUCGGGAUCCGGGCCGCGCGCACGCGGGCGGUGGGAGAGCGGCGGCGGCGGCGGCGGCGCGGGGACGGCGGCUCACAGGCACUCGCAGCCCGCGGCGCAACAGCCCGGCCGGCACACGCACACGCGCACGCCGCACGCGGCCCCCCUGCGGGCUCUGGGUCGAGAUCCGGGCCGCGAUCCGGGUGGGGCUGCGGGUGGGGCGCGCGGGGCGCGGGGCGGGGGCGGCGCGGGGCGCGCGGGGCGCGGGGCAGGCACGCGGGGCGCGCGGGGGCCCGUGUGCUCGGCGCCCAUCCUCCGGCGCGGGCGCGCCUCUGACGGGCCUGUCCCGCAGGUCUGGACGCUGGCGGCCGGCGUGCUGCUGGCGCUGGCGCUGGCGCCCGGCCGGGCGGGUGCCCCGCGGAGCAGCCGGCGGCCGGCGCGGGGCUGCGCGGACCGGCCCGAGGAGCUCCUGGAGCAGCUGUACGGGCGGCUGGCGGCCGGCGUGCUCGGCGCCUUCCAGCACACGCUGCAGCCGGGCCCGCGCGAGCAGGCGCGCAACACCAGCUGCCCCGGGGGCCGGCGCGACUGGCGCUUCCGGCCGCCCACCCCGCUGCGCAGCGUGUCGCCCUGGGCCUACAGGCUGUCCUACGACCCCACCCGGUACCCUCGGCUCCUACCGGAGGCCUACUGCUUGUGCCGCGGCUGCCUGACCGGGCCGCACGGGGAGGAGGACCUGAGCCUUCGCAGCGCGCCCGUGCUGCUGCCCACCGUGGUGCUGCGCCGCACCCCGGGCUGCGCCGGGGGCCGUGCGGUCUACACCGAGGAGUACGUGGCAGUGCCUGUGGGCUGCACCUGUGUCCCCGCGCACGACCGCGACGCGCCAACGGACCCCGGCAGGUACCGCGACGGAAAAGAGCGGACCCGACACCCAGGCCACCAUGAGCGGGACAGGAACCUGCGCAGGCCUGUCCGGCCGGGAGCGGGACAGUGACCCGAGCAGGCCAAGCCCGAGCGCACGGCAGGGAGUCGGCCUAGUGCAGGGAGAGCGACCGGGGCCAGGGGCGGUCAGGUCGUCAGGCCGCCGCCGAGACGGGGACACCAGUGCUGGGACACGCAGGAGGCCACAGCCUCCACACGUAGGCAGGUGGUAGAUGCUUUUUAAAACACCUGUUUAUAAGAAGAAUAUAUACCUACUUGUUUUCUAUAGGGGCAGAAACUAUUUUUAUAUUAGCGAUUUUGAACCAUUCAUUUUUUUUACUUGAUACAUAGACGUUUUAUAAAACUUACUUUCACUUCCUCCGCUAGGUUUUAGAAGCACAGUUGAAAUCCUCAGAUAAACUCUUUUUGGCAGAUGCCUGAGUCUCUGAAGCCAACCUGUCCCCAACUGCCUGCAAAACCAGAUGAACGGGGUUGAACCUGACGUGCCCAUCUGUCGGGCACCAAUCUCCAGGGGCCGCUAGAGGAAUUAAAGGGAAACGUAAUAGGCCCCGGUCACCCCACAGCCACCCCAGAAUUCCCAGACUUGGGUUUAUUCAUGAGUGUGUCCAUGGCUGCAGGUUAACUCAAUUAAAACUCUUUUUUUUUUUCACUUUUCAAAAUCAGUGGGGCCAAUUUGUGGGUAAGAGGUGGUGAGAUGAGGCAACAUGUGGAAUGUUACAUCUUUGCCAACUCUCAAAAGAACCUGUUGGCUGCUUUAAGGGCUUCUGGAACAUGCCACAAAGGAGGGGAAAGUGGGUCAAAUGAGCAGUUUCCAGAACGUGGUAUUAUAUCUUUUUGUCUACAUAUUGCAGUGUGAGCCAAAUCCUUACUCUUCUUUAAGUUGAAAGUCUGUCUCUGAACACAAAGAUUUGCAAAAGCGACAAGUUCUUUUUAAAUCACGGUUGGUGAUUAAAACAGUGUUGGUGAAGGCAUGUUAUUUGUGUGUAUUUCUCUGAUGGGCUCAACUGAGUUUUAGAGGAAACAAUGUUUUAUCUGAAUUUUAUGGUGGAAGUUUAUGAUUUAAGUAUUCAUAUAUAAAGUCAACUCCUUUGCUCUUCUGAAACCCCCCCCCCCACCUCCAGCAAGCCAAGAGGGCCCCCUGCCCUUUUCUUUUUAACGUGUUUCACUCCCAAACUUCAGCUGCCACAGAAACAAACAGCUCUGGCUGCCCAAGUUAUCCUCAGGCUUUGCUUGAUCUGGACACAAGGUUCAUUGAGAGGGUUUCCAGCUUUCACUGCUUGUUCACAGUUGUGCGUGAAAACACACUGCUAAACAAAAUCUGCAUUUUCCAAGUGCCUGUAGAUAGUUGUGUAUAGUUAGGGAGAUUUUUUAGGUAGUUCUGGUGAUGGUGUAUCUUGAAUACGUUGUCCAGAAACAAGGUUCAGAGCAACCUUUUGUUGCCAGUUCAGGUAAAAAAACAACAUCCACAGACUAAAAAGAAAAACUGUCUUUCAAACCGGUGAUAUGGGUGGUAGUUUCAACCAUCACCGCUUUUGUGUGUCAUCUUCCACCGACUGCUCUGAUAUAAUGAAAACAAGGAUGGGUAAGGAGAACCAACUAUCUGCAUUGUUAGUUUACUUAGUUUGGUCAAAGUUAACUGGCUUUCCAUUUUUAAAUCUAUAUAGGCAGCCUUUCUUUGUACUUUUUCUCUAAGUGACACAUUCAUCCACCUAUUUACUGAGCACCUGCCUUGCCCAGGUGCUGAGUUCCUGGAGCUAGCUGUGCACCACACCAUCUGCACUCGGUUGGAAGCAGAAAUCACCAGCUGUCAGCACUGGUUGUGCUCAGCCUCUGCUCACCUUUCACACUGCCCAGGAAUCAGAGCUACUUUGCUCACCUAUAAAAUGAGGUGGUGCCAUCUGCCUCACACAGAGCAUUAGGGUCGACACCAUGGUGAAGCGCCUGGCGGUGUCCACCCACACACACCACCCAGCGACUCACAAGCUCUACUGUGAAUCCCCAGUUCUUUCUUCAUGUGCUCUUUAUACACAUGCUUGAAUUUUUAUUUUUUUUGGGGGGGGGAAUAAGUAAAAAAAUAAGUUUAAAGUGAAAUCUAUCCCUAAGCAGCACCAGUUAGAUAGAAUACAGUCAAAUCUUGGCUCUCAAAUGUCUUAGUUCUCAAAAACAACUCCAUUCUCUACCAAAUUGCUCACAGAAAAAAUGUCUCAGUUGUCUAACAAAACUUCGGGUCUCAAUUCUCUACCCUACAGCCCUGUCAUGUUGAUAUUUAUAUGAUCAGUAUGCAUCUCUCAGGCAACAAAGGAGAUUGUUUUGUGUUUUUUUUUUUAAGGUUUUAUUUAUUUAUCUUUAGAGGGGAAGGGAAGGAGAGAGAGAGAGAAACAUAAAUGUAUUGUUGCCUUUCGUUCGUCCCCUGCAGGGGACUGGCCUGCAACCCCGGCAUGUGCCCUGACUGGGAAUCGAACCGUGACUGUCUGGUUCCACUGAGCUACACCAGCCAGGGCAAGAGAUUGUUUUUGAAUAGAUUGCUUCUCGAAUAGUUUUCCAGAACAAAUUAAACUCAUGAACUGGGUUUCCACUGUAUAUUGAAAUUAGAGGGCAGUGAUCCAGUAGGGGGAGCUAUUGCUUCAAUGAAUGAUGAGUUUGUUGGACAGAGUCUUGUUAAAACUGAAGAUUUAUUUUGGAGAGGGAGGGGUUAGUAUUGUAUUUUAUCAAAUAGGAAAACUUAAUGCCUCGAGAAUUUUGCCACCAAAAUUCAAGGACAUCUUUUCUCCUUGGACACAAUAAAACUGUUAACACAGUUGCAUCUGGUUGAUGCAGGUAGGCAGGCAGGCACCCUAAAUUCUAGCAGCAUCAGCUUGUAAAUUUCAUAGCUUCUUCCCUUCUACUCAAAAAGUGCCACCAUGUCUAUGUUUCCUUCAGGUAAUUCUAUUUUGAGGGUUUCAUGGCAGUGGUCAGAAUAGAGAUACCUUAACUGGUUGAUGAAGACUUUUUUCAACCGACAGUAUUUCUAUUGUAUGCUUGCAAAAAUGGCAUCACUUGGGAACAGCCUUCAGAAGACACUGGCACCUCCCCACAUUUCUGCAUUAAGGGGCCAAUGACCCAAACUUCUGGUUGGACUGCAUCUUUUCUAUCAAGGCAAAGGGGGGGGAAAGGUGAGUUUUAAACUGGUUCCUUCUCUGACUGGAAAAGGAAAGGAACCAGUGUGAGAUUCUCAUUCACUUCACCAUGCAUUUCAUUUGUUCUUGCUGUCUACCCCCAAACCAAACACACAGAAACCUCCAAAUUGCCAGAAAAACUGCAAUUAUAAUCCCUUCCCUUUCUACUCACAUUACGGUUGUCCAUUUGGACUUACAAGGUCUGCUUUGGUUUUUGCAGUCAUGUGGUUCAGAUGUAAGAGUUUAUUCCUGAGAACACCCUCUGUGCAAACAGACCUAUCAGUGAGCAUCACUCAGCCUUCCUCACAGUCCCCAAGCUGGUGGCCAUGUGCACUCUGCCUGCUGCAAGCAAGACAGACACAGGACACACCCAGGCCUAGGUCAAGCUUUCCAGGUUGCCAGGAUACUGUCAGGAUGGGGGGGGUAGGACAAAAGGCGGCUGCACUACAACCCGGAAAAGACGGCUGAUGUCAAACCAGAGAGCCAAAAGGGUGGCUUCAUCCGCAUAGCAACCUGAGCCCGAGGAGAACCACCAAUGAUAUAUUGCCCCUUUGUUCAAACGGGACUAAUCCCCAGCUCCCAUGAAGACAGCCAACCAAAAUAAAACCCCACCAUAUUCCCUGCUUGGGCGGCGACUUCUUCGGCCCCACACUUUGCAGACUGGAGAACCUCACUUGGGUGCACAAACCCCAGGAAAGCUCUAUACUGCCUAACUUUGUGGCUGAUUGGCAUUUCUUCCUCAGCGGAGCCUAAGAAAACCUUUCAUUUGGUGCCAAAACCCGGGAGGAGUUGUUGUCUGCUGAAGACUGCUCCUCUCCUUACUCCCCGAGGAGGCCUCGCGGCCACCCCACCAGUCUGGACUAAGAACCAGGGUAAGUGCCACUGCCCUUAAGUUUCUGGUCCCCGAACACUGAUUCCGGCCCCCGUCUGCCGGGAGAGGCUGCUCUCCACCAAAUGGCAGCGCGGCGUGGGGGCGACCCUUCCGGGAGAGGCUGCUCUCCCUCCGCUGAGGUUCUAGGCACCGGAGCAGACGUCCCUGGGCCUGGAUCCCCACUUUUACCGGACCGGAUCAGCAGAUUGGGUUGAGGGACACCGAUUCCCAUCUGCUGCUCCUCGUGGGACCAGGUGGGGGGGGGGGGGCAGGACUCAAAACCAGACCCUAAGUCACCUCUAGGGUGCCUCCUGAAAAUUUUGGCAGCAAUGACCCUGGCCUCAAGUGAAAACAGGUGAUUUUUCUAUCCACUAUGGCCUGGCCAUUAUAUCAGCUCGAUAAUCAUGAAACCUGGCCUCCUGAAGGCACUUUCGAUUUCGUUACCCUUACUGACCUAGAUUUUUGCAGAUGGACUGGCAAAUGGCCUGAGGUCCCCUACAUUCAGGGCUUUUCGGCCUUGUGCAGUGUUAUACCCAGCUAGGAAAAUUACAGCUAGGGCAUUACCCAACCCUAAAUCUGCAGUUCCUGGAACAGGGUGAUGAACAAACAUCCGGGAACAAUUGGGUUUAAAAUUCUAGCCAAAUAAGGUAACUAACCCCGGCCGCCAGAAAGUGCCCGCCAGCAGCAGCACCCACCAAUCAGGGACCCUCGCCGUUUUUAAAUAAGCCAAUAGCUAACUGCCACCUCUGCUUCUGUAUGCCUUUGCUUGCUUGCUAGAAAAUAUAAAUACCCAGUAGUCUGUAAGCCAGGCGCGACUUCCAUUUUGUAGCUCUGAGUAGCUACGUGACUCCGGUCACAGUUGGGGAAGUUCGCCCCUGCGCAGGAAAAUCUUUGGCCAUUAAAAUUUUUAUCAAUUCGGUUCUGGA